AUUUUUCAGAUUCUUGGCAUAUAUGUCAUAUUAUUUGGAGCGCUCGGUUGGGGCGCUAUGCCACAAAUAUAUGCUAUUGGCAUCAUUGCUUUAGGGCUCGUGCUAGUUUUAAUAUCAUUUUUCGGUUGUUUUGGAACACUGCGUGAGUCUCCACGUAUUCUAUGGACAUAUAUAGUCUUUUUACUGAUACUACUGAUUCUGGUCGUUGUUUUUAUGCUAAUAAGUAAACCGGAUGUAUUUAAGAAAUAUGCAUUAGAAGGUGUGGAAUAUCACUGGAAAAAGGAAUUGAAAAAAUCAGGAGCUAUGGAUACCAUUCAAACCACAUAUUCCUGUUGUGGUCGUAAUUCUCCAGAGGAUUAUAUUACUAUACAACGUUUACCUCCUGCUAGCUGCUGUGUAGAUCAUAAUUGUAUAAAUCCGUUGAAUCUUUAUAUUACCGGUUGUUUAGCAAAAGUGGAGAACUCAUUCUCCGAUGAAGAGAUUAUAAUGAAAUACAAUGAAUGGGGAUUGAUUGGAUUUGAUAUUAUAAUUUUGGUUAUAGCAACUGUAUUAGCUAUACAUUACACAAAUCGGCGAAGGAGAUAUAGUUAUUAAUAUUAGAUUUAUUGGACUUAAGUUAUCUUAAAGUUUGUAAAUCUUUUUUUAAAAUAAUUUUAGUAUAAUUUACUUUUAGAAAUAAAUUAUUUAUUUAUUUUAUUUAAUUUUAUUAUAUUUAAUAAUAAUAUUUUAUACUUGUCACUUGUACCUUUCAAAA